CUAUCCUGAUCUUCAAAUAGAAGCCUGUAGCUCGAGAGCCCCUUCUGAAGGGGUAACUGAAAGUGAAAUUCAACACCGCCCGUUUCUGACAAACAGUUACCGGAGAAACGUGGUCGUGGUGCUCAGCUCGGCGUGUAUGAAGACACCUUUGUAGGACGAGGAGCGCCUGUCUAGCGUUUUCUAGAACCGGAAAUAACGAGUUAUCACAUAUAGACUUCACAGGCUGGUUGUCUAAGUGCACUUGAUACUGGAAACUUCGACCAAUCGGAGCGUCAACGUUUGCUUCAACGUUUGCUUUCCGGUUUCUUUAACGUUAGGCGGUGGUUAAAACUUAACGUUUACAUAAUUUUUCAGUGUCAUCAUGCCUCAGAAACGGCGCUCACAGUCGUGGACGGAGCUCAAACAAGCCGGUAACGAGCGUUUCAGAGCCGGGCAGUAUGGAGAAGCUGCGACUCUCUAUAGUCAAUCCAUCGAGCAGCUUGAGAAGUCUGGUCAGAAGAACAAGGAAGAUCUGGCUAUUUUGUACUCCAACAGGGCAGCCAGUUACCUGAAAGAUGGCAACUGCAGUGAGAGCAUUAAAGACUGCUCCGAAUCUCUUGACUUGGUUCCUUUUGGAUUUAAAGCGCUCCUUCGCCGGGCAACAGCUUAUGAGGCCAUGGAGAGAUACAGACAGGCUUAUGUGGACUACAAAACCGUUUUACAGUUAGACUGCAACAUACCAGCUGCUCACGAUGGCGUCCACCGAAUGGCAAAGGCUUUGACUGAUGUAGACGGACCAUCUUGGCGAGACAAACUCCCUCCGAUCCCCACAGUUCCAAUGUCUGUGAAAGAAAGUCUAGCACAAGCCGCAAGGUCGCCCUCCACCUCGCAAGAGAACGGCAUGAUUGAAAACAAGAAAAAAGUACCAGGACCUGAAGCAGUUAAAAAGGCCAAAACUUUAAAGGAAGAAGGCAAUGCUUUUGUGAAGCAAGGUGAACAUAAGAAUGCAGUGGAGAAGUACACACAGUCACUCAGUCAAGACCCCACAGAAGUCACAACCUACACAAACAGGGCUCUCUGCUACCUUUCAUUAAAGAAGUACAAAGAAGCUAUUAGCGAUUGCGAUGAGGCUCUUAAAUUGGAUUCUGCCAACAUUAAGGCCUUUUACCGACGUGCCCAGGCACACAAUGAACUAAAAAACAAGAAAUCAUGCGUGGAAGAUCUUAACAGCUUGCUCAAAAUCGAGCCAUCCAACAUGUCAGCACAGAAUCUUCUCCAGGAAGUACAGAAGAUGAAAUAACCACGCUUGUGAAGCGCUUGUGGACAUGAGGAAACUUUGAGUUGGGCCUUGUUUAGUUGCCUCUCAAAGCUGCAAAAUGUACUACAUGCAUCUGCUUCUUUAUGUACUUCAUAAUAAGAUAUAGAAUUUAUACAAAAUAUAGGAAAUACCUAUGUGACUGUAAAUGUUCAAACAGGCUCAUUUAAUCAUACAUGUAUUCAACAUUUACUUGAUGCAUUUUUGUCCUGAAGAUUUGUGUUACAUGUCAUAACUCAAGUUAAUUGAGUUCACACUAUCUGUCUUGUUUGUUUAGGUUAUGUAUGUUGAAUUUGUUAAUGUAAUUGAUGUGAUGUUGAUUUAGCAGUAUCAAAUGUGCCUUUAACAUUUAUUCAUGGAUAUGAAUUAUAGAUUUUAACAAUUACAUUUUUACUUGAUAUCUGGGAAUUGAAAGUGCUAUUUUUUUUAUUUUAUCAGUAAUUAACUUUGCACUAAUAAAAACACUAAUUAUUGAUAUAAAAAAAUGACAUCUCACAACUGUAGUUGCAUUAGUAGAAUUUCACUAUUACCUGUCAUUGUAGCAUUUCUACUAGUUGUUGAUAUCAGGAAUGGAUAUUUGUGUUGGUAACAGUGUAGUGAUUAUUGAUGUCAUUUUUAUUGUCAAGAAUUAACGAUUUUACCAGUGCAAAUGUAAUAACUGAUGUCAAACAUUUGCACUUUCACUAGCAGAUAUUCCAUCACCUAUUAUCAAGAAUUAGCAUUUUAAAUAGAGAAAAGUUAACCAUUUCCUAUAAUUCAUAUCCAGCACAUGAUUAAAGUCAAUUUGGCAUGCCAUAUGUACAUUACACAUUUACAUUACCUCACCAUAUUCUGAAACUCAUAUCUUAACAGUUUUCAGAGAAAAGUCAAACUAUUUCCAGAUGACUUCAUACUGAAAUGCAAUUAGGCAGAUGUUUCUUAAUACUUUGGAUGCUCUGAUGUGGGAAAAGGAUGUAAUUAUCAUUCUUCAGCUCUUGAUAAUACAUUUCAGUAUAUCUGGGAUUCUCACAAGUUUAACAUUAUCAUUCAUAUUAAAUACUCAAAUACAGUUGGUGUUUUAGGGCUGUGCUGCUCGUUCUACAAAAGUUUGGAAUGGGUGUGUUUAUUUUUCUAUAAAACUGCUUAAAAUGGUACUUCACCAACAUAUUAAAAUUCAGUCAUCAUUUACAUGCCUCAUGUUGUUCUAAAACAGUGUGACUUUCUUCUGUGGAACAGAAAAUUAGAUGUUAGACUGAACAUUAGUUUCAGUCACCAUUCACUUUCAUUGUAUGGAGAGAAAAAAAAAAGAUGAGAUGAAAGUGAAUGGUGGCUAACAUCGUUUAAAAUUACUUUCUAAUGAGUAACACUAAAAAUAAAAGUUAACCUGGUUUGGAACAACGUGAGGGUGUUGACAAUGACAGAAUUUUCAUUUCUGAAUAAAAUAUUUCUUUAAUUUUCUUAAGUCUUUUUCAGAAAAAGAGGUCAGCAAAAGUAUGUGGCAAGUGCUUCGCAAUCUUGUUUUGCAAGUUAAUUGUUGUCCAGACCACUGAAUAUUAAUGCUAAUUUGACUGUUUUGUAUGCUACCUUGCAUCAAGACAAUUUAAAAAGGUCUUCUCUUUAUUUUGUAUAUAGAGAACGCAUCUAAUAUUAAGGGAAAAUGUAUAUAUUGUAAAAAAAAUAAUUAUCCUGUAAACCAUCAGAGGUGAUGCCACGGAGGGCAAAUUUUGUAUACUUUUUUUGUAGAUUAGAAUUACAAAAAAUUAUUUUUAAUUUUAAAGAUAUUUAAGAGUUGCAAGAAUCUGACUGAAAGUGAAGGUGAUUGAAGAAUUGACCAGUUACUUUUGCAAUAAUGCACACAAGAAAGGAGGGUUGAAAAGAAAAACUUUUUGUUAAAACCCAUAUUACAGGACAAACAUACAAAAAUGGAACAAUCUUUUUUAACCACAUGAGGAAAUUUGUCUUACCGGGUUUACCGGCUUUAUAUGGUCAUGACACGAAUUAGGAAGUGGUUUUAUCUCAUGUUAACACUGUUUAAAUCAUAUGGCUUUACUUUUUCCCCAGUGCAGUGCCCCAUAAACUUCCAUUAUUAGUGUAUUUCUAUACACACAAUUUUUGCUUGUUUUUACAAAUUGAGGGACAAAUAGAAAAUGUUCUGUGGUAAUCGACAACAUGCUUUGAGCUGAUUAAGCGUAACUUGUAUUGAACCUGGAAAAUAACUUUAAAGGGAUAGUCCACCCAAAAAUGUAUAUUCUCUUAUCACAUACUCACCAUUAUGCCAUUCCAGAUGUGUAUGAUUUUAUUCAGUAGAGCACAAAAGAAGACUUUUAGAAAAAGUCCAUACAAUGUGAUUUUUGGAGCUACAAAAGUCUGAACAACAUUCACUUGCAAAGGAAACAUAAAAGUAAUCCAUAAGAAUCAAAUGGUUCAUUUAAUAUCUUCAGAAGCGAUAAGGUGUAGGUGAGAAAUGGACCAAAAUUUUAUAUAUCUCCACUUUUACAUCUGAAAGUCACAUGUGGUGCCCGUUUGGUUUCAAUUUCACAUCUGAAAGUGAAAGUUAAAGUGAAGAUUUAGAGUAAAAAAGGACCCAGACCUAUUUUAUCGCUUCUGAAGAUGCGGACUUAAACACUGGAGUCAUAUGGAUUACUUUUAUGUUUCCUUUAUGUGAUGUUUGGAGCUACAAAAGGUCUGAUCACCAUUUACUUGCAUUGUAUGGACUUACAGAGCUGAGAUAUUUUUCUAAAAAUCUUCGUUUGUGUUCUGCAGAAGAAAGUCAUACAUAUCUGGGAUGGCAAAGAGGGUAAAUAAGAAUUUAAAUUUUUGGGUGAAUUAUCCCUUUAAAUUUAAUAUUCUUAAAGGAAAGUUACAGUUUCAAAACAAGCUCAAUCGACUGCAUUUGUGGUUUAAUGUUGGUUACCACAAAAAACUAUGUUUUUGUUAAAGCAAAAAUCGCAGUUACAGUAAGACACUUACAAUGGAAGUGAAUGGGGCCAGUCCAUAAAUGUUAAACUACACACUACAUUAUUAUUAUUAAGUAUAGCCACAAGAGGUAAAUAAAAGCAUGAUAUCUGAUUUCUGUCAUUAUAAAUUAUGUAACUUCCUAACCUCAUCCGUGUAUCUAAUAUUACUUCAUGACGUUAUGAUGACUGUGGAAAAACCUGUACUCUGGUAAAUGCUAAAACGCCCAUAAAUCUUUGAUUUUAUCACACUAAAAUUGUUAACACUCAUAUUAAGUCUUGCCUAUAUACAUUAGAAGCCAUGUGCAUUUUAAUGUUUAUGGACUGGCCACAUUCACUUCCAUUGUAAGUUCCUCACAAUAAUCCAGAUUUUUUUUUAAUAAACGAGAUGAGCUGAAAUAAUGCUUUAUUAACCUAAAUCAAUCCUAAUCAAACCCGGAA